AGCCAGCCAGCCAGCCAGCCCCGAGAAAGGGGAGAAAGGGAAGGCGAGGGAGCGGGCGGGAUUAUUAUGGGCUGUGGGUGCUGCUGUUGCUGAGGCUGAGCAAAGAUGGAGCUCUCUGCAGUGGGCGAGCGGGUCUUUGCGGCCGAAUCCAUCAUCAAGCGGCGGAUCCGAAAGGGACGCAUCGAAUACCUGGUGAAAUGGAAAGGCUGGGCCAUCAAGUACAGCACUUGGGAACCCGAGGAAAAUAUCCUAGAUUCUCGCUUGAUUGCAGCCUUUGAGCAAAAGGAACGUGAGCGUGAGCUUUAUGGACCUAAGAAGAGAGGACCUAAGCCUAAAACUUUUCUGCUAAAGGCUCGGGCCCAAGCAGAGGCCCUACACAUUGGGGAUGUACAUUUUUCUGUGAAGCCCAGUUCUAGCACAUCCUCACCGAAACUGCACUCCAGUGCUGCAGUGCACCGGCUCAAGAAGGACAUCCGAAGAUGCCACCGCAUGUCUCGGCGCCCAUUGCCCCGCCCGGAUCCACAGAACAGUGGAGUGGGUGGGAGCACUGGCCUACGCCCUCCUGUCUCUCCUUUCUCAGAGACCGUACGCAUCAUCAACCGCAAAGUGAAACCUCGUGAGCCCAAGCGUAGUCGUAUUAUUCUCAAUCUGAAAGUCAUUGAUAAAAGUGGCAAAGGAGGAAGUGGGGGAGGAAACUUGGCACGUUCUAAGAUCCCUUCCCGAAAUCGGGUAAUUGGUAAGAGCAAGAAGUUUAGUGAGAGCAUGCUUCGUAAUCAGAUCCGCCACAUGAAAUUCGGAAGCUUCCCUCUGUAUAACAAGCCAUCUGUUCCAACCCCAUCAUUAGAGGGGAAGACAGAGGCAGGAGGUUCUCAAGGUGCUUCUUGUGGACUCAUGGGCUCUUCUGCCUAUGAUGCCCGCAGUUCCAGCUCCUCUGACUGCCCCUCACCAGCUCCACACUCCUCAUCUGAUCCAGAUGAUUCCCCACCAAAGCUGCUUCCUGAGAUUCUAAAUCCUGCCAUUCCUGACUGGCGUGAAUCUGAGGUCCUCGAUCUGUCAAUUCCACCUGAGUCAGCAGUGACCAGUAAGCAGUCACCUUCCAGAGGGAAUGGAGUAGGUCAGAUCCCAUCAUCUCCACUGUCUUCUGACCCAGAACAGGAGGCUAGUGAUUGGCGACCUGAAAUGUCUCCAUGCUCUAAUGUGGUAGUUACUGAUGUCACCAGCAAUCUAUUAACGGUCACAAUCAAGGAAUUCUGCAAUGCUGAAGAUUUUGAAAAAGUGGCAGCAGCCGGAGGUGGUGGAGGAGGAGGAGGCAGCAAAUAAAGAGAUGUAUUCCUCUUUCACAAAUGUUGGGGGAGGGGAGGAGACAAGGAGGCUAUACUGCAAGACCAUGCAUGAUAUGAAUGCUUGCUUUCUUCUCUCCUUUCUCAUCUGUUCUUAUUUUGCUUGGGAGUUAAGGUGAUAGAGGAAUGGAAAUAGAUGUGUUUGAAAUUCUCCAAUGCCACAGCUGUUAGGACUCAUGCUGGGAAAUAAUUUUUUCCUUUUGUGCAUAUUUGGAGGUCUUCAAAAAGUGCAUCUUUUUGACAGGAACCUGGUAAAUAAGAGCUUGGGAGAAUGGUGGGUACAUUAAGUGAAUGAUCAAUUUUCCCCUCGUGUUCAAAACAAAAAACAAAAAAAAGUGACCCUUUGGCCAAACUCAAAAUGAGUUAUUUUCCAUGAAUUGCCACUUUAUUCCUGUCACUUUUCCUGUAUAUUUGUGAUUUGACAAAGAUAAUUAGGAUUGACAAGGAAAAUGUCACCAUAGUUAUGGGAAACUGCUACAGAACUUAGAAACCGCUACAGAACUUCAUAGGGAUUGGAUAUGACUAAUCUUACAGUGCAUUUCUGAAUGUUGUUCCACUGUGCAUGUAUUAGAAGUGCAAAUAAGGUCGUUCUGUUGCACUUGUAGAUGGCUUAGGCCCAUUUUCCCUUUUUCAUUAGCCUUGAACUGUAUCUGUAAUAGUUCCUGAUUGUAAUACAUUUUGUAUUUUUUUUACUGUUAAGCUAAAGCUGCUUCAGUCUUAUGAAGCUUUUAAUCUUAUCUUGCAUCAUUUGUUCUUCUUUACAUAUUAGAUGCAUGAGUUUUAUUUUUUCUGAAACCUUAUUUCAAAAAAAGUGGGGCCUAAUACUCCUUUAGAAAAGUGCAUUGAGAUACAACCCACUAUACUUAUUUACAUUGGUAUAUUUAGUUAUAUGUCAGCGAAGUAGGAAAAAGGUGCUUGCUUCUUUCUAUUUUUCUCUCGGUAAAAGAUGGAAGAACAUUCGUUUCUGCAGUUCCCAAGUUUUCAAGUUGCCUGUACAGUUGCCAACCAAAGGUGCUAAGAACAUAUUGUAAACAUUUAUUAUAUGUCUCUUGGAUCUUGGUAUGUUUGUUGGGAGACAGUGUGUAUGUUUAGUGUGUGCUUGCCUCUUCCUCCCAUCCACCUGCCCGCCAUGCCUUCCUUUCAUUUAAUUCAUUCUUAUUGAAACCUGAAUACUCUGCCUUGUAAGCAAAUAAUGUAGUUGCUUUUGCUAUAUUGCCUCCACCUCCACCACCUACAAAUGUUCGGAACAAUGACUCCAUAUAUUGAUGACUAACAUUCACUGAAGUAACUUUCUUCAAAUUUCCACUUCAUAGUUCUUUUGUCACAUGUUCCAGCUUUGAUGCAAACUUCUCCUCCCCUAUACUAUGCCUCCAAUUUGUUAGUAGUGGCACAUGUGGGUAUGUAUGUAUGUAGUGUUGUCCAGCAAACUAUUUAUACAUUGUUAUAUUAUGAUGGGAAGGAUGUGUAUGAGGUGAUUCUUAAGGGCUCAACUGCAUGCUAUGCUGUCACUGAAAUAACUAACUCUUGUUCUUAAUGGCAUGUCUCUUCUCUAUGUUCCAGUCUGAACAAUUGUCUUUUAAGAUUCUGCUUAGGGGUUGUUGUUUUUUUGUUUCAUUUGGUUUUGUUCUUUCAAAGUUUAUUAGCGAUAUACGUGAAACCUGGUGCUGCAAAUACUGUAGCAUUUACUGCUUGAUUGAUAAGGUUUUAAAAAAUAGUGAUUUGAUUUCAUUCUCUCCAUUAGGAUGGACUUUUCCUUCCCCUGUGUUUUCUUUUUAACAUUCUUCUCUUCAAGGACUUUGCAGAAUUCCAUUUGUUUAUAUCCAUACUUAAGAAGAAAUCAGAACUUUGUUAGAAAAAAGAUUGAGCUGAUGUGUGUUAAGAGUCCUAAAUAUCAGUGUCUAUACAUAAAUGCCUACCAAAAGCAAAGUUUAUGAUGUUAAGCAUUGUAUUGUUUGUGACAGUUUGAGUGCAGUGAAUAUUGAAGAGAUAUUCAAGUUUUACUGUUAUCCAGUCAUCCAUUCUCUUUAGUAUCUUUUUUUAAUCAAUGAACUCUACAAAGUGUGCAGGGUUAUUACCUCCAUGCUCCUCCCACUGAUAUAUAACUCCAAGGCUUUCUGAUGUUCCACAAAUGUAUGCUUUGGAAUUCACUGUUUGUAAUUUUUUGCGAAGUCAGUAAGACAAGUUGUAUCAUUGUAUUGCCUCAGAAGAAUGGGAGGCAUUAUCAUGAGAGUUUAUUUUGAUGGCUUCAAAGGUGGGUGGGCUGGGAUGAGGAUAGAGAUAUAUAAUAGGGAGAGCACAGGGAGACUUGUAUUAAAAAGAUUUUAAGAGGAAAAAAUAGAAAUAUUUUAUGAAACUUCAAAAGGAAAUAUAAGGGUGGUUGAAUAGUCAAUCAUGUUCUACAAUUGUUUAUUUUUGUGGCAUUUUGUUAGAAACAAAUUAGAUAGCCAUUGUAAACAGGAAUUUCAAUAGGAAACUCUUCAGAUACUUUAGCACACAAUCUCGGCCGAUUUCCCCUUGUUCCCUGGAGUCUCUUGUCACUUUAAUUUCUGGGAGUGUCCAUAGAAUAUGGUUUUUACCUUUUUUUAGAGGUAUUAUGAAAAAAUAGUCAUUAACAAACUGGCUGAUUUCAACAAAAAGCUCCUCCAAAUGCAUCAAACAGGUUUUGUUUGAUUUUAUUCCAUCCCGAAAGAUCAACUACUAGAAAUAGUGGAGUGUGUGCCUGGAGAAAAUGAAAGGAGGAAAUUAAAUAAUUUCUCCUUCCUCUUUUAUGACCAUUUUAACAUGAAGAUAUUGGGUAUACAAUUUGUGCACUAAAUACUUGCUGAGGAGGUAUAUCUGCUUAAAACUAACAUGUACAUGUUUACUGCCUCUUAAGGCAUAAAAUUUACUCCACACACUUUUGUUCUUUACUAUGAUACAUGGAAAAUAAAUAAGGAAUUUUUUUUUCCACAUGAAAGGUGCUUGAGGAAAAGUCAAAGGCUGAAAUUUCUAGGACUUAUCACAGGUUGCUUGAAUAGCAAUUCCUAGACUGCUAUAAUUGCCACUGUAGCAAGUGUUUAAAAAUGAAAAGCAGUAAAUUGGGGUAGAAAAAUUAUGGUCCAAAAGCUGCCUGUGGCCCUCCAGCAUCUCUUGGGCUAAAAAUUUGGGCCUUUUUUCCUUCAUGGUGUUUUAAGGAAUGCAAUGAUUGUUUUAAAACUCAACAAACUAAUGUAGCACCUACUGUACUCCUGAGCCCCACCUCUCAAAUGGAGCCUAGCCUUUCCCAUUUCUGUAUGUCACAUGUUACAUCUGAUGUAACUCUUGAGUUAAUGAAAAUUGCGCGCUCCUUCACUGUAGGAUUCCUUAAAUCCAUUUGGAGUAGUAGCAUUUGCAGUUAGUAGAUUUGUCUAGUUUUGCAUUGCUUGUGCUGAUCACUGGAGAUUUAGCCAAAAAUAUUUAAACAAGUGGUGUUUGAGUAAGAAAUAUCUGGCAGGUUGCUAUUGAGCCAGUCUGGUAAAACAGAAUAUGGUGCUAAUUGUUGGUUGUAUUGCUAUUAUCUCUUCUAUCUGAUUACAACCAGCAGGCUAUUUUAAGAACGGGCUAAGGUUGUGAGUUAGAGUAAUUAAUUCACAGAGAUAUAAGGGAUUUGAGCCAAUUUGAUGCAAAGAAAUGCCUGCUGUUUGGACAAAAUAAAAGGAGGAUAAAUAGCCUCCUAGCAGCUUCUCAUUAAUUUGAGGGGUUCUGUAACAUACCAGCCAAGUUGCUCUUGCCUGUCUCCCAGGAGCUAGAAAAUUUCUUCACAUCAGAAAGAAUCAUCUCCUUUAAGGGCAGGGGUAGACCAGUUAUGUGUAAUACUGGAAUGCAAGAUUGUUCUUGCCUUAGAUCAUUUUUCCCUUCCUUGGCACAUGCUCUAUGAAAGCAAAUUGUGUUGAUCUUUUCUGUUAAAAUGAAACCUUGUUUCAUGAUGGAGUCAAACCACUAGAGGGUAAUAUAGAGCUAUUGUGUUUUAAUGAUUUGAGCUUUGUUUAUUACCUUGAAUCUUAAUUUCUCCUUAUAUCAUAAAGCAUAAAAGCCCUUCUAUGCGUACAGUCUGUGCAAAGAUGCCAUGUGAGUUGUAUGUAUCGGUUUUCUUUGUAUCUUUGCCAUGCUUGUGGCCACUUUUGUUAUUAGGAGAGUUUGAUGGGGUGGGGGUUGAGAAAGAAGACUAGUUUUGCAAAUAAAAGGAAAAAAAUAGAAAAAAGGAAAAGUUCUUUUUAAGAUUUUUACAGACAGAGGAGGAUAGAGAUUUAAAAAUAUUAAAUGCAGUAAUUGCACAAAUGUAGUGAUAUUAGCUGGUCCUUUAAGAAAAGAGUAUUUUUACAAUUGUGAGUGGUAGAGGAAGGCAUUCAGAUAAUUUAAAUUGGGAAGGAAGAGCAAAGAAUGUAAGAAGAGAUGCAGCUUCUAAACUGAGGAAGCAAAUCCUUAUCUUAGAGAAAAUUCUUCCUUCUGCCACCCUUAACUUGAAGGAGUAGGGAGAAUGCCUCCUUCCAUAGUUAUGAAGCCAGAAUUUAGCCUUGUUCUGUUUGUCAGGCGGGACUAUGUGGCAUUUUAUUAUUAACUUGUUCAUGCAAGUUAUCAGUUGUACUUCAUGAUGAUCUGCUGAAUUGAAUGGGACAUGUUGCUGCUUUGUGGUUUUCAGUAAGAUCUGGGAUCUCUGACAAGCAAGAUGUAUGUGUGUUUGGUAGCUGUGAAGGAAACAUACCCUUAUAAUCUGGCAAAAUGUUCAGUGAUAAAGCCAGUUCAUUCAUACUGAAGUUGGUAUACCAGAAAUACUUUUUCUAACCAAAUACAUCUUUCAUACUUGUAUAACCAAGAUUUUUACAAGUGGGCAAUAUGUAGCUCUCCUACAUUAAGAGAUAUGAUCAGGGCCUUCUUGAAGAAAGCAAAAACUAAAGCAAUUUUCCCAACAUUGGCACAGUCCAAAUGCGUUGGAAUUGCAACUCCCAAAAUUCCCUGUCAGUCAGUAGUUACAGUCUGAAGAACCACAACAUGGGAAAAACUGCACUAAACUAAUUCUGAUGGCUUGGGCCAUGGUGAUUAUAUUCAUUGUGAAACAUAAGGAAAAUGAGAUGAAAAAAGUAAGUGUAGCCUUGCAAAUGAAAUAUACUGUUAAAAUAUUGAAGGAAGAUAUAUAAUGAAAGGGUAAUAUGAUGUAAAUUCACAAUUGCCCAAGAUGGUAAUUGUAUAUUUAUGUUAUCCAUAAAAAUCACCUGUGAAGUGCUGAUUGUAGAAGCUGAGUGUGAACAAGUGCUAGGAAAGAAUUCACACAACCUAAUGGCAGUGUAACAGUAAUGCCUAUAUUAGAUUUCUUAUUACAGUCCAUGCAAUCUAAAUGUGUGAAUACCAUGUUAGUCAUAUGGGCAAAUACAGAUCAGAUCAUUGAUGUAGAAAUUAUAAGGCAGGCAUUGGACAAGAAUGGGGAAGAAUAGCUGUUCUAGUGUAGUGCUAUAGUAUUAUAAUUUUGAUCGUUUUGCUUGCAUGGAAAUUUGCAUUUUUGUUUUGGCUCUUAAUUUUGAAUGUCUCAUUACCUGCAACAAGAGUUAAUGGAAAACUGAAAUCUACUUAAAAAGAAAUAUUAGAUGUAUUCCCAAGGAAACAAACUACUGCUCCCUAAUGAACCUAUAUUUUACAGAUAACUAUUUUUCAUCUAUUCACUCUUAGAAAAGCUUUUCAGCUAUUUUUACAGGUUGAACUAUGAUAUUUUUGCUCACUGAGGUUACUAUUUCACUCCAUACUAAUCAGACUUUCUUAUACCCUCUGGAUAGAUAAGACCACACUCUUAACGUUGAGAAGGCUUGUAAUUCAACCUAUUUGGAGAGCUUAAGACUAGAGAAGGGAAUGCUUCUACAGCUAUGCAGCACGUAGAACUUUCUGUGUCUCCUUAAAGUAGCUUUCUCAGUAUCAUGUGGCAGCUCUCGUGAUCUUGGGAAAAGACACAGCCACUUUAUGAUGUUGCAGACAGAUGUUAUAUUCAUACUCCUGAGUGUUCCCAGAUACAUUCCGGAGAUAAAUCCAACCACAGCAUAGCCUUGAGUUGUUGGUUGGCUUGAUACAUGAAAUGGGCUGUGAAAGAUUAAAGUAUGGCAACAAUAAGCCACUCUUCAGAUUCUGUGGAUCCUUCUCAAGGGGAUAAUUUCUUUUGUUGCUCAAUAACUCAAUCCUGCCCAUUUGAAGAUUAUUUCUCUGUGUAUACUAUUGUAAUUGGUUGUUUUUAAUUGAUUUUUAAAAUAAUCUUAGCUGCCCAGAACUGCUGCUUGUGAGGUGGGUGACUAUAUAAAUUGUCUGAAAUAAAUAAUCCCUCUAUUUUAAUUUCUAUUUAAAAGGGAUGACUUAAGUGUCAGUGUGAGAUUUCUCUUUUUCUGUUUAGAAGAAAUGUGAUUUCUUUGCUGCAUUUCCUGCUGUCCACCUUCUAUAGAGCCUAGAUUUGGAUAAUUGAUAUGGAGGAGAAAACAAGAUAGUGAAGAGAAUUCACAAAUUGCCCCUGUUGGGGAAUUAAGUUUAUGCAGUAAAUUGGAAACUGUUGGGAUGCAACAGUUCUAGAAUUCCUGUUGGGUCAUGGGUAGAGUAAUGUAAUAGAUUUGGAAUGUAUUUCUAGUUGGUCAGGUGUGUCUCUAUUCGCACUCCUUGCUUCUUGCCCCAAGGCUUUGCACUGUUUUCCCUGGUGCAUUCACGUUCCAGUGUUGCUUGCUUUGCUGCUUUUUUGACUGUCUCCUGAUAGUACAAAGUUGGGAUAUUUUCAGUAUAAGUAUAAGUAUAUGUACUAUGUAUAUAUAAAUAAAUAAUCCUCCACUUAACCCUUCACCAUGCUUUGUGAUAACAAAGACAGCUUGGGCCAGUAGUGUGACCAUAAUUUUGAGAACUAGGAAUAGCUAGUUGUGGUCUGAAAGAAUGCUGUGAUUUAUAAGCUGUUUAAUUUUAUUUUUGAGAUCUCCUUUUUCUCUAGCUGAAAUUGGUUUUUAGAGGAAGAGGAGAAACUUGCUGUUCUCAGUGCUUAUAAACACUUCUGAAUAUUUAUAUUUCCCUUUAAUAUUUCCCUAAUUAAAUAUUAGCUUUCACUUAACUUACACAUUGAGAAUCCUGAGUGAUGAAGUUUGGGAUUCUCCUUCCCCACAUGGCUUUUUUUUCAACGUAAUACAAUCUCUAAUCUGACCUAUGCAUGAUCUGUUUUUUUAUUGGCUUAAAGAUUAUUUAUCAGUGUUACUUCUGAAUGAGUAAAUGAUGUGAAAAACAUGAAACUGCCUUACACUGGUGUUAGCUGUUUAUUCAGUCUGGUUGAGUACUGAUUAUACUUAUGGGCAUGAUCUCUGUGAGACAGAGAGAUUUCAAUAGGUGAUGCUUGAAAUUGAGCUCAAGCUUCCAUUCCAUGCAAAAUAUGUUGCUGUUAAGCUACAUGCUUCCCAAUAUAAUUUGUAUGUUGCUUUGCUUAUAACCAAGUUCUGAAUAUUUUUUGUACUAUAUACUUUGAGGGAACUUCUAAAACUCAAAGGUAGAUGAAGCUAUCCUGCAUCUAUGUAUCCAGACUUAAUACUGAUAUAGAAUCAGAACCUUCCCCAAGUUUGGUAUUUUACAAUUGGUAAAUUGUACAAUUGAUAUUCAACAUCUAAAAAUAUUGGAUUGUUUAUAUUCCUUUUUAAAUGAUUGCUAACUGUAAGCAAAGCUUGAUGGAAAAAAAUGUCAAAAUUAGUUCUUAGCAGAAUUCUGAGUAAUGAUAACAUAUUUUCAGUAUCGUGUAUUAUUUUAGGGAGGGUGCACAAGGUUUCAAAUUUAAAAUAUUUUAAGUAUGAAACAAUUCUGACCAUUCCAGAGGUAUUUUGAAAUCAGCGUGAGCUCUUUGAUACUCAAGAUUUAUCUGAAUGGUUUCAAUUUGAAUGGUUUCGAGCUCAAAAUAAUUCUUGAAAAAAUCAUGUUAAAGUUGAAACAACUCUUGUGAACUUGAAACUCGGUGUUUCAAACCCCUGUUCGUUAUAAUUAUAUGCAAUUGUUCUUAAUUUGUAUAACUUAAAAUCCUGCAAGAUCUAGAUUGGUUUUUUGUGAAAUUUCAUUCAUACAUACGUAUAAGUGUUCUAUGAAUGCAUAUGUACACAUGCAUGCACAUAAGAUCAUUGAAAUGCAUAAGGCCUAGUUGUUAAGGAAAAAUAAUUGCUGAAUAAAACCAAUGCUAUCUCAGUUAGUGUAUAACAUGAACAUGUAAUAGUUAUGGUAUUAGGAAAGCUAAAUUUCUCGAGAUUGACAGAUGUAACUUAUAGUAUCUUCAUUAUCAGUCCUGUAGAGAGUUGUAGUCCAACAACAUCUGAAAAGCCAUUUUUUCCUACAGUUAGUGAUAGCAAUUGUUCAUUUAAGUACAAAAAUUCUAGUGCUCAGAUAAAUCCUUUGGGAUUUACCUGGUUGCACUCUUUAUUCUUCAUUAGGGUAGAUAAAUUUUCCCUGUACGUAAUUUUUUCUAAAUAUCACAGUUAAAAUGUUGACAAGGAAGACACAUGCCCCAGAGAUAUCUGGUUCCUGAAUCUGGUAAUUUUUUAAUCAGUGGCCCUUAUCUGGCACUUGCCUCAUUAGGGCUGCCGAGAACAUCUGAAUAGGCAUCACAUUCUUUGCUUGUGAAGAUGGAAGACAGCUGCAGUGCAGUUUUACUUACAGUACUUACCAGAAAAAGUACUUUAGGAGAAAGAGACCACAUCUAGUAUUAUAUGAAUAGGCAAGGCAGAGAAGUAGGAGGAAACAAAGGAGUAUACAGUUUUUUAAAAUGAAUUUAAUUUUUGCAGUGAACAGUAAAUUAUUGUUUAGAGGUGAAGCUGCUUGGGAGAUUAUUGUAAAUGUUUCCUAUGAUUGAAUUCAUUCAGUUCAUUUAGAAUCACGAAAAACCUGGUCCCUGGUUUAUAUAGCACUUAAAAAUAUUGUAAGCACAUAAUUUAAACUCUGCAUUAUCAUAUUGGCAAACAUUUUGUGCCAUGUUAAAGGAUUCCCCUUUAUCUAAGAAUGCUUCCCCAUUCCCUAGUGAUUGAUUGUGUCUGUCAGAUAAUUAACUGUUCCUACUUAUAGGAAUGACUUGUAGCAGCGAGUAUUUAUUAUUCAGAAGACAAUAAGAGAGCCUGAUAAGAUUCUUUAAUUUUGCAGCAUUUGGAAAUAGUUAUAUGUAUUUACUUGUUUUGUUAUAGUUUAAGGCACUUCAACAAAUAGGAAAUUUUCCAUGUUUCAUAUUUCAUUGUCAGGAAAGCACUCCCUGGUUCUGCUGCAUUAUCACUGUUCUACCAAGCCAAUAUUACAAUUAUCUGUAUCUGUUCUUGCAGGCUGCAGUUAGUAAUGGGAGACAGUCCUGUGGUGUUUAUAGGACCUUAUCAGCAAUAAGGUAGAUAACUAAGAAGUUGUUAUAGCUGCAUCACUCCAGUUCAAUUCCAAAAAGGCCUUUUGGAGCAUAUAAGAGCAGGAAUGUAGCACUUCCCUGUAUUUCUUUAAAGCAGCCAUAUCAUCUCAGUGAUGUACUGGUUCUUUAAAGAUCUGUAGAGAGAGAGAUUAUGUUUUCACUCACAUGUUCUCCAAAAUACUUUUUUGAAAAUGAAUCUGAAUAGUGCAAGCUUUAAUAAUUUUAAAUCCAAGAGUUUACAGGACCUGAAAUGCAAAAAAAGCAGGAAUAAAAUGAUGUGAAAAUAUGUAAGUAUUUUCAAGGGGGACAAACUAAGUACAUCAGAUUUGCUUCAUAAUCUUAGUGCUGCCACAUAGAUAUUAAUAGAGCUAACAGUAGCUCUAGUGAAGUUCCUGAUGUUUUAUUCCUUCUAAAAUCCUGAAUGCUAUAUUCAAAUUUCACAAUAUGUCGUACUAUUUUUAUUCAAGGAAAAUCUCAUACUUUCACAUGAACAAUUACAGGGAGGCAUAGAAUUGGUGCUUAUUCCUUUAUUGCAUACAUUGUUAGGUUUCUCAAGACCAGGUCUCAAUCUUGCCAAAACAGAUGCUCAGGUACAGUGAAAUCUCCAAGAGAAUUAAUGGAUUUGUGGUCCUUAAUAACACAUAAGAGUUUUGUAACUUGUUUAGAGUAUUAAUGUGAGCCUUACAAAUACUCAGAUAUUUGAGUGAAUCUACAUAAGCUUGGGCAUUUAGUUUUUACAAAGUUGAGACCUUAUGGUGAAGAGUAAGCUAAAGUUUAAAUUUAUUAAGUUCUUAUCUCUUGGCAUACAAAUAGGCUUUAAAAACAAGAGCUAUAUAUCUGGUGACUAUUUUGUAUUAUGAUAAAAAUGCAUUUAAUGAAACAGUUGUACACGAAUUAAAUGUUAUCUAAUACUAUGUUGUCUUAAUUACUUUUUAAAUAUAGUGUUUGCAUUUGCUUGGUUGCUUUUUAAAAUCCAGUGCUCAACUGGCUAAACUGUCUAGAGUGGAUGGCUGGGAAGCAUUACACAGUGGGUGAUUUAAUCACCCAUUGACAUUUUUAUUAGAGAAGGGGGUUGCUUCGAGUUUGCAGUGCGGGGAAGUUAUGCUAAUUAUUCUUGUAUCCUUGUACAUUUGUUCUUUCUGUUGCUCUUGAAUAUUGUAUCAAUGCCAGAACUGGGGAAUUAAGAAGAGAUUACCCCAAUAAAUUGUUACAUUCC